AUGGACAUCACCACAAAUGAGAAGAAAUAUUCCACCUACGACACCGAAAUGCAAAAAGAGGGGGAUGUGGAGAAUGCCGCUGGCCAACUGGAAGAGAUUAUUGAAUUCAAACAGGGCCUGCACCAGCGGCAUAUCCAGAUGAUUGCCCUCGCCGGUACUGUUGGGACCGGUCUGUUUCUCAGUUCUGGAAGAGCGAUUGCAGAGGCUGGACCUUUGGGAGCGUUUCUUGGAUAUUCAAUUGUCGGAUUAUUGGUGUCAAGUGUCGUCUUUGGAGUCGGUGAAAUGGGUGCUCUUGCGCCCCUCAAUGGUGGUGUGAUUCGUUACGCCGAGAUCUUUUGCGACCCUGCUCUGGCCUUCGCCAAUGGCUGGAACCAAGUCUACUCUUACAUCGUCUCAAUUCCCUCCGAACUUGUCGCCUGUGCCGUUAUCGUCGAAUUCUGGAUCACCAUCAGCCCUGCGAUCUGGGUCACCAUCUUCGGCGUGUUAAUGAUCUUCACGGCCGUCCUCUUCGUGCGAGUGUAUGGCGAGCUGGAGUUCGGUUUCUCUAUUCUCAAAAUCAUGCUGGUCAUUGGAAUCAACAUCAUGGCGUUGGUGAUUACAUGUGGAGGGGGACCUGAUCAUAAAUCUAUCGGGUUCGAGUACUGGAAAAGCCCAUAUGGUCCCUUUGUUCAAUACCUCGGCAUUGAUGGAUCUCUGGGUCGAUUCUUGGGUUUUUGGACGGUGUUCAACAACGCUCUCUACGCCUACUCUGGGAUUGAGAACAUCACUGUCGCUGCGGCGGAGACUCGAAACCCUCGACAGGCAAUUCCUAUGGCGGCCCGGCGUAUCUUCGUCCGAAUCCUUCUCUUUUAUGUGCUCUCGAUCUUCAUGGUCGGCUUGGUCGUGUCUUCCGCUGACCCAAGCCUCCUCGCCUCCACCGGAACGGCGUCGCAGUCGCCCUUCGUCAUCGCCGCUCGUGAUGCUGGAAUCAAAGUCGUCCCCUCUAUCAUCAAUGCCGUCGUUCUCACCUCCGCUUGGUCCUCUGGUAACUCCAACAUGCUUGGCGGCUCCCGAAUCCUUUAUGGCAUGGCAAAGCAAGGUCACGCACCCGCAAUCUUCAAGCGCCUGAACCGCUUUACGAUCCCCUACGUCGCCGUGGGUCUUUACGGUGUUUUCAUGGCACUGGGAUACAUGACACUAUCAGACUCUGCCAGCACUGUGUUCACCUGGCUGCAGGAUCUCGUCUCCAUCUCGACAAUUGUGAACUGGCUUUGCAUUCUCAUUGUUUACUUGCGCUUCCUCUACGGUUGCAAGAAGCAGGGCAUCGAUCGUCACAAGGAGCUUCCGUGGGCUGCCCCCUUACAGCCGUACACCACUUGGGUCUCUUUAGUCGUUUUUACUCUCCUGUUCUUUACCGGAGGCUACAGCACUUUUAUUAAGGGGCACUGGAGUACUGAGACUUUUAUCUCUUGCUACUUCAAUUUGCCUUUCAUUUUGAUCGUAUACUUUGGCUAUAAGUUCUGGAUGAAGACUAAAAUUAUCCCAUUGGCGGAGAUCCCUAUCCGGCCUUUCAUUGAGCAGUAUCAGAAUAACCCUGAGCCUGAGCCGGAACCGAAGAAAGGACUUUGGAGACUCAAUGUUCUGUGGUCAUAG